GGUGUCCUCACUUCGUCCUUCCUGCGCGGGCCAACAACACAAACUACAACCCCAGUCGGUAAUGAAGCUGAAAAUAGAGUCCUACAAUGCUGUGGCGUACUGGAAAUGGGACGUCUCGACCGAAUCACACAAGUUGUACCAUGCCGCCUCUGCCGACGGAGGAGGCAUCAUGGACGACGACGACGACGAUGAAGAGGUUUGCGGUAUCUGCCAAGCACCGUUUGAGAGUACCUGCCCUGACUGCAAGGUCCCGGGAGAUGACUGUCCUCUCAUUUGGGGUGAAUGUACCCAUGUGUUCCAUAUGCACUGUCUCCUGAAAUGGAUCGGGCAGAAGGAGGAUGAAUCACAGCAGCAAUGCCCGAUGGACAGAAGGCCUUGGGUCACUGCAGACCAAAAGCCCGAGAGACCGGCGGCUAAUGCUGAUCAGUCCCCCACCACCAAUGAGUCUACCCAUAUAUUGAAUACGAUAGAGUCGGAGGCAGAGAAGGAAGAACGACCUCUCAAUGAGUCUAUAGGAGAGGGAAUUGAUAAUGACAGUAUGGACGUAGAGUAGAUACUGUGGACGCGGAUUCAAGAACAUUUGUGAAUUGUUGUCAUAGUAUGAACGAUGUAUUUUUAAGCGUUAUCCCCUGGGUCUCGUUCUC